AUGAAUGUCGACGCCACGGAGCUUCCGAGCUCUCCUGUUCAUGCAAAGCAACCGACUUUCGACAAAAACAAUCAUCAAGAGAUUUCUGCCUGCCGAGUUGAAGGGCGACUGAGUCACCUGCGAAUCGAAGACGAGCAGCCUGAUACCGUGCAUGAUGCCAUGGAAGGCCAACAGCCAAGCGCAGUCUUCCAAGUGGCGGCCGACGGUGGAUGCGAGGCCGAGAACAUACAUGUGAACCGGGGCCCAAACAACACGAUCGACCUUUUCGGCGGCAUCCAGCAUUCUGAGCUCAACUGUGCCUCAAGCGACGGUGAAAGUGAGGACUACGGAAGUGAGGGUGGCGAAAGUGAUGACGAGAUGCAGGACUCUAAUGACGGAGGCGAGCUUCCCAUACAAGGCGCUAUCGACAUUGAGGGCGACGACCAGGAUGGAAACGAGGCCGCGAUCAACAAUUUUUCAACUGUCAACACAGCAGAGGAAAUUCGGCAGCCUUCGGACGAUCCUCACGAAUGGAUCAAAGUCGCAUCGCAUGCCGACUCCUACAUCGACCUGGAUGAUGAGGAGAGGGGUAUCUUCGUUGACUUCGACGAAGAGCCUGAUGUGGAGGACGACGAGGAGAUGUUGACACAUGAGCAAGACAAUGAAAUGGAGGAAGAUGUCGGUGUUGGCUUCGGUUCGAUGAAUGCCAUUGCCUAUCCUGACACAAGCAGCAUUAUCCGGUUGCACCUUGACUCACAGAACAAACAAUCCUUUGCGACACUCAACGAGCUACUUUCUUGCAAUAACGCCCCGGGCCGUGGACUCUACAGUGUCGAGAAAGUGCUCGAGCACGAAGAAGGAAGAGUUGCUGAACUGGAGGAGCAGAUGAGGUACAUCGAAGCCGAGCUUCAAGAAGUCAUAGGGCGUAAGAACAAAGCGAGCAACAUCGUCGAGAUCGCAUGCGCAACCUUCACAAAAGCUCGUGCUGCAGCUGGAAUCUCCGAAAGGCUUUGGGAGGAGUACGAGGCGUUCUGCGAGUCGCUGGAGCCGAAGUUUGGCAGCCGAGGAGGCUGGUCUGUGACCUGCUUCGAGAACCACAGCGGCUCCUACGUCCAGUGGGACCCCGACCUCAACCUCUUUGUCGAGUCGGCCGAGAUGCCACUGGGAAGCUGCAACUUCCGUUGUGAAGCCGGCACAGUCAAGAGUAUGGGGAAGACGGAGUAUGUGGUGGAGUUCUGGCCUGUUGCCAAUCCUGAGCCUCGCAUGCAGACUGCGACGACCUGGGAGGAUCAAUAUCCUGACCUCUACAAACUCGCAUUCAAGGCCGCGGGCGACAAGUCUCGGGACAAUACCAUUGCCAAGGAACUGCUUCAGUCACUGCCUACCCAUAACCUUCCGUUCUCUGGUGGAUGGCUCUUUGAGUACGCAUCGGAGCCCAGCCGGACCCGACACCCCGUCAUGUCGCGGCGGUGGUCCUACCGGACCGCCUGCAGAAUUCACGUUGAUGGACGUCAAGACCAGGCCGGCAUUGAGGUCAAGACGGAAUUCGGAGACCAGGAUGUGAAGAUGGAGGACGAUUGGUGA